AUGGACAAACGCGCUAAUCAGCUCCUUACCUGGACACCUUUAAAUACUACAUCAGACGUCGAGUUGGACGGUGACGAGCCACAAGUUCUGCAAGUCGUGUCAGCGCCACCCGUACGCAGUGGUGGAGGCGAUGACGAGGCAGAACCUCGGCUCAAGCGACAGCGUCGAGUAAACAAGAGCGAGAAAGCCCGCAAAAAAUGCAUCACAUACUCUGUGAAAGCAGACUGCAUGCUCAUGAACGAGGUGGUUGGUGAUGACGGGAUCCUCGAGCUUCGUAACGCCUCGAAGACCGAGCGGUGGGUCGAAAUCACGGAGCGCCUUGGCUCAGCGCUGAGCAAGAAGCUGUUUGCUGACGGUGUACGCAAGCACGUUGACAAGUUGGGGAAAGAGUACCGAUCGAAGCGCGCAAAGGAGAGAGCCAUGUCAGGUAUGACUUCUGCUACGGGAUUUCCGCUCGCUGGUUGUGUCAAGCGUACCGAAUCCAAGACCAGAAAGAUUGAAGAGGACCGUGCCAAAGGACUAGCCGUCCGUGAGGCUGCCCUAUCAACCGAGAAGCACACCACGAAGAAGUCCAAGCCCGCCAAAGCUCCGUCAGCUUUUGAUUUUUUGGAAAGACUGGAGAAACGUGCUGACAAGCGCCGAGAGCAAGAUCUGGAGCGUCUUCGCUCUGAGCGAGCCGAACGGGAGGAUCGUGAUCGACGCCUCGCCGAGCAAUCAGCAAAACUUGCUGCUGAACAAGCCGAAGCUCAGCGCCGAAUGACUGAGCUGAUGGCAAAGGCUCUGAUGGCCAUCGCUACUAUUUUCCCACAGCAAAACAACUGAUCGGGUCAUGAUGCGCUCAAACGAUUAAAAUAUCGUUUCUACCUUCGUUGUCAAGAAGUUAUCACGCAGAAACUUUUUUUUUGUUGUUUUAGUAGGGUCAAAACAUCUAGUACGACGUACAUUACGUCACUUACUCAAUGCCACCGAUAACCCAU